AUGCCGCUGCUCAGUCUAGCCCUUCUCAAUCAACACAAUGAUGAUUAUGCUGUUCGUGUUAGGCUGCUUCGUCUAUGGCGGACAAUGAGACCUGACGGGAUCACAAUCCAACAAUUUCAUAUGUUGUUUGUCGACAACCAGGGAACGGAGAUUGAAGGGUUGAUUGAUACGGAUGAGAUACCAUUGUUUGAUCCCUUUCUACUGAAUGAGGGAAAGAUUUAUAGAAUCACUAACUUUCAUGUCCGACCAUAUGAAGAUUACAAUCGAGUUUCUCCUGCCACACUCCGAAUCUGUUUACAUCAGGAGUCUUUUGUUGAAGAGCUUCCUAAUGGACAUGACAUACCUGCCUACAAUUUCCGAUUUUUGGAUGCUUCUGAUCUUCCUAAUGCAGUUCACAAUCAUGCCUACAUGUCUGAUAUAAUUGGAGUGUUGGUUCUUGCGGACCCUGAAGAAGCCUUAUUUGAAGAUAUUGCUCUAUUGAGGCGGAAGAGUGUUCUACUUAGGAUGAUGGGUUUGGAAAAUGCAAAUCUCGCCAUUGAUUAUACCUUUGAUGAUGCUUUAUGGGUGAGCACACCCUGCUCAAUCCCAGAACUGAACCUCUACAAGAAUGAUCUCAAUAAUCAGGUGGGAAGACUCUACAUUUGUGGUGGACAAGUACAGAAUGUUGAUGUUUUCUGGUCAGCUGAGAAAUUGAAGUACAUCGUGCGUAUGAUUGUUGGUAAUGGUGUUGAUGAAGUUAGGUUUAUCUUCACAACUGGGAAAUUCCGUUGGAUAGCAAGUCGUAUCAUUGAGGAGAGUGAGAAGGAGUGGUCCAACAAUUUCACAAACCUCAUAGCUUAUCUAAGGGGCAAUUCCUUUAAGUUCAUGGUUGAAGUCGGCGACUUUAACCCGGCGACUAAUGAUUUCGAUUUAGUCCUCCGUAAGUUAUUCAAGUAG